UUAUUAUCGUCCGAUUGCUGGGAGACAAUCCUUCGCUCUUUAUCGUACUCAUUGUUCGAUCUCUCCCACACUCGCGCGUUCCCCCUGCGACGAUCAGUUAAUUUCUCGUUUAGUUCACAAUUUAUCGUCGUCUGGUGUUAUAUCCUUACGCGAUCGAUAAGUAUAAAUAACGUACGACGGCUGCGUGUCGUGUUAAUUUGCUUUUUACGUCCGAUCAUGUUACGCCGCAGCACUUAUUUCAUCAUUCAGAAAUGCACUUAUCUGGCUGUCGUCGCCACGAUCGUCGCAGCUGACCAAGAAAACUGCGACAAUGUAAAGUGCGUGGGUCCGUUGAUGUAUUAUAAUUCGUUGGGCUGUAAACCAAUAUACAAAAAGGAGGGUGACUGUUGCGCAUUAAAGUACAACUGCGACCAUCUCAAGGCAAGGUCCAAGGACAAGUGUUAUGUUAACAACAACGUGUAUGAGAUCGAUGAGCUGUUAAAGGAUGAAGACGGGAACCGUUGCGACCAAGGUUGCCGUUGCGGGGAACGAAAAUCUGGAUAUGCCGGUUUCUGGUGCGCUCUCACUCUCUGUGUAGAACUCGGGCCUAUACGUUCUGGAUGCUAUACGCGGGAGAACGUGACAAUGUGUUGUCCAACCAAGAGCGAACUAGCUUGUCCCGGAUUACAGAGACCGCGAGACAGGCUGAAGUGCAGGGUGAACGGUACAACUUACUUCGAUGGCCAGAGAUUCUGGGUACCGGAUGGUGGCCCCUAUGGAUCGACAUGUGUUUGCCAAGAAGGAUAUAAAGGUGAAAACGUCCCGCCUUUCUGCAUGAAAGUAAAUCGCCAAACGUGCGAUCCUUUCUUCCAGGAUGCGAGCUACGUUCAUGAACAGUGCGCACCGAUUUAUUAUAGAGGACAAGACAUUCCAAAUACCUGCAAUGGAUUUUGGACAUGCCAGAAUGCCGACGACCAAGUCAUUCAUACUCACGAGUCCCACGAGACACCCGAAGAGGAAUGCUACUUUGGCAACUUGACGCUACAUCAUCAUGACAAGCUGAAUAAAAUAGAAGAUGGCUGGUGUAUGAAGUGCGUGUGCGAGGUUCCACCUGUACCUACCUGCUUACAGGUACCGGCUGAGCAAUGCAAAGAGUCAUGAAUCACUCGUCUUGCAGCUAAUUAAUCGUCAUAAUUGCGUUAUGAUCGAUUUUACCGUAUGUUCACUCGAUAUAAUAUUGUAUCGCAUAUGAAAUAACGAAGAUAAAAAUAAAAAAUUUUGUUUGCACAAGAGAGAAAUUGUGCACACACUGUAACAUGAAAAUAUACGCUGUUGCGAUAAUUAUUAA